AUGAUGAUGUCAGACAUUGCUAAAGACAGAAUGGCUCAUUCAGUAAAGAAAAGGGGAAGUGUGUCCUCUCUAAGUGGUCAUGAAUUUUGGCAGAAAGAACUUCAUGGUUGCACCAAAAACUCCAUGAGUACUGUGUCUUAUACGGAUGAACCUGGCCAGCGGGAUGAUGCUUCUCGCCUAACAGUUCAGAUGGAAAACACCUAUCAACUGGGUCCUACCAAACAUUUCCCUGUGGUUAUUGUCAACCACAUUCUGAAAGAUGUGUUAACUAACUAUCUACGAGAAGAACAGUAUGAACCGGAGCUCUGUAGACAGAUGACCAAAACGAUUUCCGAGGUUAUUAAAGCCCAGGUUAAGGACCUGAUGAUACCACGGUAUAAGCUAGUUGUGAUUGUUCACAUUGGACAACUGAAUAGUCAGAACAUUUUUAUUGGAAGCAGAUGCCUCUGGGAUUCUAAAACCGAUACCUUUUCAUCUUAUGUUUUCAGAAAUUCUUCUCUCUUUGCUCUUGCAAGUGUCUAUGCAGUUUACUUUGAGUGACUGAAAAUAAGAAAUCGAGGUCUUACUUUUUUUAAUCAUGAAAUAAGCUGUAUCUUUGUACACAAAAGCUUUAUGGUCAAAAGUUUGAGAAACAACAUUAAUAUUUCAAACAACUAGACAUUUUGGACUUGUUCAUGCUCUGCUAAGAAUUGAGGGAGGGAAGUGUGGUGCAAGAAAGCUCUUGUUUAUCCAAAGGAAGAACUAAGUCUUGGUUCUGAUGGAUUGUUUUUCAUAGACAUGGAUUCUUU